AAGACGCGGCGGCGGAGGAUGAGCCUGCAGAGCGCGCAGUAUCUCCGGCAGAAGUCCUGAAGGCUGACAUGACAGAUUCUAAGCUGGGUCCGGCUGAGGUCUGGACAUCCAGACAGGCUCUGCAGGACCUGUACCAGAAAAUGCUAGUUACUGAUUUGGAAUACGCGUUAGACAAGAAAGUAGAACAGGAUCUCUGGAAUCAUGCCUUUAAGAAUCAGAUCACAACACUACAAGGCCAGGCAAAGAAUCGAGCAAACCCGAAUCGGAGUGAAGUUCAGGCAAACCUUUCUCUGUUCCUAGAGGCAGCUAGUGGCUUCUAUACUCAGUUAUUACAAGAACUAUGUACAGUGUUUAAUGUGGAUUUACCAUGCCGUGUGAAGUCUUCCCAAUUGGGAAUUAUCAGCAAUAAACAGAUGCAUACCAGCGCCAUAGUGAAGCCACAGUCUAGCUCCUGUUCCUAUAUCUGCCAGCACUGCCUCGUCCACCUUGGAGACAUUGCUCGAUACAGAAACCAGACCAGCCAGGCAGAGUCCUACUAUAGGCACGCAGCUCAGCUUGUCCCCUCUAAUGGUCAGCCUUAUAAUCAGUUGGCUAUUUUAGCUUCUUCCAAAGGAGACCAUCUGACCACAAUUUUCUACUACUGCAGAAGCAUCGCUGUGAAGUUCCCUUUCCCAGCUGCCUCCACUAAUCUACAAAAAGCACUUUCUAAAGCACUGGAAAGCCGGGAUGAGGUGAAAACCAAAUGGGGUGUUUCUGACUUCAUCAAGGCCUUUAUUAAAUUCCACGGUCAUGUGUACCUGAGUAAGAGCUUGGAAAAGUUGAGCCCUCUUCGAGAGAAAUUGGAAGAACAGUUUAAGAGGCUGCUAUUCCAAAAAGCUUUCAACUCUCAGCAGUUAGUUCACGUCACUGUCAUUAACCUGUUUCAACUUCAUCACCUUCGUGACUUUAGCAAUGAAACGGAGCAGCAUAGUUAUAGCCAAGAUGAGCAGCUGUGUUGGACACAGUUGCUGGCCCUCUUUAUGUCUUUUCUUGGCAUCCUGUGCAAGUGUCCUCUCCAGAACAAGUCUCAGGAGGAGUCCUACAAUGCCUAUCCCCUUCCUGCAGUCAAGGUCUCCAUGGACUGGCUGAGACUUAGACCCAGGGUCUUUCAGGAAGCAGUGGUGGAUGAAAGACAGUACAUUUGGCCCUGGCUAAUUUCUCUCUUAAAUAGUUUCCAUCCCCAUGAAGAGGAUCUUUCAAGUACUAAUGCUACACCACUUCCAGAGGAGUUUGAGUUACAAGGAUUCUUGGCUUUGAGACCUUCUUUCAGGAACUUGGAUUUUUCUAAGGGCCACCAGGGUAUUACAGGAGACAAAGAAGGUCAGCAGCGACAGAUACGGCAGCAGCGCUUGAUCUCUAUAGGCAAGUGGAUCGCCGAUAACCAGCCAAGGCUGAUUCAGUGUGAAAAUGAGGUAGGGAAAUUGUUGUUUAUCACAGAAAUCCCAGAGUUAAUACUGGAAGACCCCAGUGAAGCCAAAGAGAACCUCAUUCUGCAAGAACCAUCCAUGGUAGAGUCCCUGGCUGCGGAUGGGAACCCAGGACUGAAAUCAGUGCUGUCCACGGGCCGAAAUCUAAGCAACAACUGUGACCCAGGAGAGAAGCCAAUGGUCACCUUCAAAGAGAACAUUAAGCCGCGAGAAGUGAACAGAGAGCAAGGAAGAAGUUUUCCUCCCAAAGAGGUGAGAAGGGACUAUAGCAAAGGAAUUACUGUAACUAAGAAUGAUGGAAAGAAGGACAACAACAAGAGGAAAACAGAAACCAAGAAAUGCACCUUAGAAAAGUUACAGGAAACAGGAAAGCAGAGUGUGGCAGUGCAGGUAAAAUCCCAGACAGAACUAAGAAAGACUCCAGUGUCUGAAGCCAGGAAAACACCUGUAACUCAAACCCCAAGUCAAGCAAGUAACUCCCAGUUCAUCCCCAUUCAUCACCCUGGAGCCUUCCCUCCUCUUCCCAGCCGGCCAGGGUUCCCGCCCCCCACAUAUGUUAUUCCCCCUCCUGUGGCAUUUUCUAUGGGCUCAGGUUACACCUUCCCAGCUGGUGUUUCUGUCCCAGGAACCUUUCUUCAGCCUACAGCUCACUCUCCAGCAGGAAACCAGGUGCAAGCUGGGAAACAGUCCCACAUUCCUUACAGCCAGCAGCGGCCCUCUGGACCAGGGCCAAUGAACCAGGGACCUCAACCACCACAGCCACCUUCCCAGCAACCCCUUACAUCUCUACCAGCUCAGCCAACAGCACAGUCUACAAACCAGUUGCAGGUUCAAGCUCUAGCUCAGCAACAAUCCCCCACAAAAGCUGUGCCGGCUUUGGGGAAAAGCCCUCCUCACCACUCCGGAUUCCAGCAGUAUCAACAGGCAGAUGGCUCCAAACAGCUGUGGAAUCCCCCUCAGGUUCAAGGCCCAUUAGGGAAAAUCAUGCCUGUGAAGCAGUCCUACUACCUUCAGUCCCAAGACCCUAUAAAACUGUUUGAGCCGUCAUUGCAACCUCCUGUAAUGCAGCAGCAGCCUCUAGAGAAAAAAAUGAAGCCUUUUCCCAUGGAGCCAUAUAACCAUAAUCCCUCAGAAGUCAAGGUCCCAGAAUUCUACUGGGAUUCUUCUUACAGCAUGGCUGAUAACAGAGCUGUAAUGGCCCAGCAAGCAAAUAUGGACCGCAGGGGCAAACGGUCACCAGGAGUCUUCCGUCCAGAGCAGGAUCCUGUGCCCAGGAUGCCAUUUGAGGACCCCAAGGGCUCCCCUCUGCUUCCUCCGGACCUGUUAAAGAGUCUGGCUGCCUUGGAGGAAGAGGAAGAGCUGAUUUUUUCUAACCCUCCUGAUCUUUACCCAGCUUUGCUGGGGCCUCUCGCCUCUCUUCCUGGACGGAGCCUCUUUAAAUCCUUGUUGGAGAAGCCCUCGGAGCUCAUGUCCCAUUCCUCCUCUUUCUUGUCCCUCACCGGAUUUUCUCUCAAUCAGGAGAGAUACCCGAAUAACAGUGUGUUCAAUGAGGUGUAUGGGAAGAACCUGACAGCCAGCUCCAAAACAGAACUUAAUCCUUCGCUGGCCCCCCAGGAGACAUCACUGUACUCCCUCUUCGAAGGGACCCCCUGGUCUCCGUCCCUUCCUGCCAGUUCAGAUCAUUCAACACCAGCCAGCCAGUCUCCUCAUUCCUCUAACCCAAGCAGCCUGCCAAGCUCCCCUCCAACACACAACCAUAAUUCUGUUCCAUUCUCCAACUUUGGACCCAUUGGAACUCCAGAUAACAGGGAUAGGAGAACUGCAGAUCGGUGGAAAACUGAUAAGCCAGCCAUGGGUGGGUUUGGCAUUGACUAUCUCUCAGCGACAUCAUCCUCUGAGAGCAGUUGGCAUCAGGCCAGCACUCCAAGUGGCACCUGGGCAGGCCAUGGCCCUUCCAUGGAGGAUUCCUCUGCUGUCCUCAUGGAAAGCCUAAAGUCUAUCUGGUCCAGUUCCAUGAUGCAUCCUGGACCUUCCGCUCUGGAGCAGCUGUUAAUGCAGCAGAAGCAGAAACAGCAGCGGGGACAAGGCACCAUGAACCCUCCACACUGAGGCCAAAGUGGCAACCCUGGGAAUGAAGGCUCCAUAAACCAUGGCAUGUUGGGUUUGCAGGACUGGCCCAUACAGUCCCCUGCAGGUGGCAGCCCUCUUUUCUGUUUCUUGCUGUUGAGAGGGUGUAAGCGUUCCACCGGCACGCUGAGUGUGCACGAAAUGUCCGCAGUGCAA